AUGCCACGAUCAGAAUAUGUCGAUGGAAGAUCAAAACCCCACAACGCAAGCCGACGCGUCUCUAAGCAACCAUCUUCCCAGCUUCCAUCUCAGGGCAACUUGAAACAGGGUCAUGGAUAUCAUUUUCAGGUACUCUGGCCCAUGUUACGGUACCUGAUGAAUCUUCUGGGGUUGACCAUGGGUUACCUCCAACCCUUAUUCGCUGUCGGACUGGCACUGUGUCUGUUGGCCUUGGUGUUGGGACAAACCUCGUUCUACGUAAAGAAUUGUGUCCAAACGGUACUCUCGCCCCUGUGCGCAGUGCCAUUCUCUUCGCACAUCCUGCCAUUUUGCGCAGAGUGGCAAGAUCCGGCAGGCAAUAAGGCAGUCGAACCGGAUUUUGAAGGACUCAUGAACAUUCAGUCGAACUUUGAAGAUAUUGUAAAAGAAAAUCAGCUUUCCGCGGUUAUGCCAUACGUCAUGAAGUCCUCGCAGGCCGCCAUCCGGGAUCUUAGAACAAUAGUCCGGUACUCCCGGCUUCCCUCAAAGAACCAACUGGAGGUAGAGUUUGAUUCCUUCAUCGAAACCGCGGGCCAGGCCACUCGCGACUUGAUCGCAUACAACGCGAAGAUUGGAUUAACGGUAGACAUGAUCAUUCACUCGAACCAAUUCACAAUGAGAGUACUUCAUGGAAUUUCGGAGGAUGCCAACGCUGGGCUGCUCGAGACUGCCUUCAAUAAGCUGAGCGCAUUGGGCGGCUUCCAACCGCCACCGAAGUCUCUGCACGAGAAAGUCUUCGAUCAGUACCUUGAUCACGUUACGGCCAACAAAGAGAGGAUCCAAGAUCUUAUCCAAAGGAGUACGGCUCUACUAACGCUCAUCGGAUAUAUGGAGCAGCGGCUUGAGGCGAUGCAUGAGAUCGCAGUCAAAGACAAAGUGGCCCUGUCUCAGAAUCGCGACGAACUUCUCACACAGCUUUGGACAAAGCUGGGGGGCAACUCAGCCAGCCGUAAAGAUCAUGAGAGGCAGCUUGAACUUCUGAAUCAGGUGUCCCGAUACCGUCACGAACUUUACAAAAACGUCAACUCGAUCCUGAUCAAACUGCAAGUGACCGACGCGGCACUGGAGGACUUGAGAGACACCGUUGCUGAACCGGAAAAGUUGGGGUACCGGAGAGAUGUUCCCAUCCACCACUAUCUAGGUUUGGUAGAGAAAUCAACCAAUAGACUGCAGGAUGCCCGAGGAGAGGCUAGGAGGCUGGAGAAUAUGGCCUAUGAGGCUGGGAUGGGGAGGUACGGUGGUGACACAUCUCGGGAACUUCCUAGUGGCAAGGAGCCUCCAGUCGUAUGGGCAAGGUAG